AUGGAUAAGGUAUGGUUCACCCUCCGCCAAACCGACUACCCCGCACCCCCGGAAGAAGCCCUACUCUCCGGCCACCACUUCGGGGGCAACAUGACCGCGUCCAGCCCCGGAAAUGCACCUUCGAUAACCCUGGGCCACAUCAUCCCCUCCCUCCAGCACCUUGACAACCCCCUCAACGCACACAACCUCCUCCCUUUCCCGAUCCGCAUGCAAGUCUAUCGCACCACCACCACGAACUUCGUCUGGCAGACCACCGCCCACGACGACAGAUCCACUGCGCUUAAGCUGGCGGCGCCGAUCGCCGGCGCUGUCACCGGGACCGCUACCCCGGGGCUGAAAUUUAAUCUCGCAUUUAAGCAAACUGUGGCGAGGCAUGAAGAGUAUGCGCAGUUGGAUACGUACAUUGUAACGCCGACAAGGGGCUAUAUCCAGGAUUGUUUGGAUGCGCUCGAGGAAGAGGAGGAGUUCCGGGGAAAGGUGGUGCAUGGGAAAAGGCUUAGGGCGUGGACUUUGUUUAUGGUGACUGGAUUGAAGAUUGCGAGGGACGUUACGGGACUCGCGACCGUGACUGCUACUCUCGACCUUGCCCGCGAGGACACCAGUACGAUCAAAGGGGCGCAUCAGUCGGACUUCGUGUGGGCGGUGCGAUUGGCAAAGAUCCAUAAGGGGUGGCUUGCGAGAGACUGGUCGCUGGAUCCAUACACCACGGGGGCUACGUUUGGAGUGGAGAAAGAAGAAGACGAGGAUCUGGAUGUUGAGAAAGUGCUUAUUGGAGAGGGACUGAGUCGCUUUGAGAUUGUCACAGGUGACGAGGCUGAUGAGGCCCUAGUGGUGGUUUUAGACAAUGCGUAG